AUGAGACUGAACCCUAAGAGCCACUCUCAAUAUGAACAAGCCAACAUUAUUAAAAAUAACGAAGAAGAUCUCCCACCUCCUAUGGAAAACAUCUAAGAAAAUUUCAGAAGAGUUUCAACUAGAUAGCAAAAUUAUAGAGAAUUCAGAAAUAACGUACAGAGUUCUCCUCAACAAAUUGAUUUGUAUAGCGAAACUUAAUUACGAAAAGUAACAUUUUAUGAAGAUUUCUAAUUGUAAAAAAUAGGUCAGGUCAAAAUCGAUUAAGAAUUGUAUUACGUAUGCUAUUGCUUCUGGUAUUUGCCUAAAAAAUGGAAUAGCUGUGACACUCCAAUUUCAACUUGGUUGAUAGUAAUUGGCAUCACUUUUGGACUAGAUUCUUUCUUAUACUUUGUACAAAUGAUGAUUACGUAUAUUGAGGAGUAAGAGGCAAAAUUUAGUAUUUCAUUGAUCAGUCUUGGUUAAUUCUGCUUGAUAUCAAAUUUCUAGGUAGCUUGGCUCAUUUAUGGUAAUACUUUUCACUACAAUAGUGAUAGUAUCAGAUGCAAGGAUAAUGAUGACGAUUUCAGAAGUAUGUGGAUACUAAUGAUGAUUCAAAUAGCCGUUGGAUAUAUUAUCUUCUUUCUUUAUUCAUUACUCGCAUGCUGUUGUCUUUGUGCUGUCUGCAUUCUUUGUAGGGGUGGAGCUGGGUAAAAUUAUGAAUUAGUUGGUAAAAUUCCAUACAUGAAUGCAAUCAAAUCACUAAACAAAAAAGACUUUAAGAGUAUUGAAGAAAAAAACAAAAAUAUGAUCGAUUGUUCAAUAUGCUUAAACAAGUUCAAGGAUGAUGAUGAAAUUACAGAGUUAAAUUGUGAUAAAAGACAUUAUUUCCACACAGAGUGCAUUCAAACAUGGAUGCAAAGAAAACUUGAAUGCCCUUUAUGUAAGAAGCCAGUGCAGCCUGUUGCUAGGAUUUGA